AUGUGACAGAGUCAGCGGGAAAAAGCCGGUGAAUAAGUUCACAUGGGUUUAUUUUUAUCGUCUUGUUUGUUAACAACUUUGUCAAACUAGUUGAAGCUGCAAGAUAACUACGAAUUUGGAACUUAUUUGUAACCUUCAAGUUAAGUUUGCCAUAAAACUAGGACUCUCAUCAACUUGUUACCGAUACAAUUAUGGCUCGAAAUAUUAGCAGGAAAAGCUUUUUCUGGGCAUCUAGUCUUCAUCCUUCAAGUUGUCGUUCCAUAAGUGGAAAUGGUGGAUUAUUUAACUUAAUCGAUCCUUCGACCCCUGGAAAUUAUCUCUCGUUCCCUCCAUGGUCUCACAUCUUUGUUAGAAACAAGAACAAUGCAAUGUCCCGGCUGGUUCUGGAUGUUAGCGACCCUGAAGAAGGAAAACGAAACAGAAAUAAUAAACCAAAACGGAUAGUUUCAGAUACAAAGCAAAAUAAAUCUGCAACCGAUUUCAAUUUAACCAUGGGAGAAAUAUUUAUGGGCAAAAGUCAAUACCGGAUUGCAAUUGAGGGAUCCAGGAUGGUUGAAGAAGCUUUAGAAUGUGGCUUGAAAAUGGAAAAGUUAUAUUUACUCCGAAGUUUGAAAAUACUACCGAAUGGACUCGCGCAUUUUUUAGAAGACGAAAAGCAUCAGUUGACGUCGGGAAUAUGUAAAGUUCCAGAAGUUCAUAGGAUUGGAAUGAAAGCAAUGGAAACUUGGUCAUCACUUACAACACCACCUGGAAUAAUUGGAGUCUUCCAAAAGCCUCAGUUAGCGGAUAAAAAACUUGCUGUAUCAAGAAAAUCAACUCUUCCAAUUACUCUGAUUUGCGACAACAUUCGUGAACCUGGAAAUUUGGGGUCCAUUCUUCGUUCUGCAUCUGGAGCUGGAUGUGAUGACGUAUAUUUAUCGAAAGGUUGCGUGGAUCCAUGGAAUAUGAAAGUAAUCCGUGGCGCAUCUGGAGCUCAUUUUCGACUGCCAAUAACUACAAAUACUAAGGAAGAUAUCACACACAUGCUCAUGGAAAACAAAAUGCUGCAAAUUGCUGGAAAAUGUUGUCAGGAAGAAAUUUUUAGUGUUUUGAUUUGUGAUUCAAACCUGGAAGAUUCAAGAUUAGGUAACAUGCCUUCAAUCCCGUUCAGAAAUAUUGACUAUACCAAAUUUGCUCAUAACUUUAUCAUAAUUGGAGGGGAAACGGAAGCCAUUACGGAUAAAAUGAUAUCAACCAUUAAACUUUUGGAGAAAUCCAAAUCCGUAAACAUUUUCAGGAUACGAAUUCCCUUAGCUAAUAGUAUGGACAGCCUUAACGCUGCGAAUGCUUUUGGAAUAAUUGUGUUUGAAAUUGCGAGGCAGUUGAAUUUAGAAAUUAAUGCAGUAUAAUUUGUACUAGUCGAUUCUUGUGCAUACAUAUAUUUACCAUAUUGCUCGUUAGUUUAUGUCUGUUUUAUCUUAACCUGAAUGUUUGAAUAUUGACAUUUUAUAAAAGUUAUAUACCACCUGAAACUAAGUUUUGUAAAUAAGUUUCCCUUUUAUGACGUAUUUAAAACUUACAUGAUAACAAUUAUGAAAAUGGGACAUUCUACGCCACAGAAGUUUAUUACACAACUACUAUUAUAUUUUCAUCAAUAAUUAAUUAAUUAUGGUUCAUUGAUGACUAACAUUAUGUAUGUGGUUGAGACAUAGAAGAUGGUGUAUUUUAUUUCGCUUCAAAUAGUUUCAGUCGAAAUUAUGACAGUAGGAUUAACUAGAACCUUUUGCAGGUAAUUCAAUUCAUAUGCAUUUCGCUAUAAUAUUUAUUAUAUCUUGUUCAAUUCGUCAUAAAGUGAUAUUAUUUUUGUAUGGCUCACAAA